AUCGUAAUGGAUGGGCCGCGUGUGUUGUUGUGUGUCAAAUGGUGGUGAUUAAACUGGCAGGUUAAAGAAGGACAUACUAGAACGAGGCUCCAUACCAGUAAGCUUCCGGCUUAAUGACGUCCAUGAUAAAACACUGACUAGUCUGGUCACGGGGGAGAUGACGGGUGUACAUGAAAGUUCAGCUGCUAUUUUCGCUACCCUGGUUGCGGGGUCGGCAUUGAAACUCGGGGCUGGUCUUUACCUGUAUCGAAGCAAACUAUCGCCAGCCAGCAGGAUCGAGGGUUAUGAGUUUGUAGGUCGGGUGUCAGAGCUUUGGUGCUUCCCAAUCAAGUCAUUUCGUGGUCUUCAAAUUGAAGAAGGAGAAUGUACAAAAUUCGGGUUAAAGUGGUCAGGAGUCACAGACAGACACUUCACAGUCGCGACAGCCAAUGGCGUAUACCUCACCCAGCGACAAGAGCCCACCAUGGCUCUCAUCUCUCCAGGUCUGCGUGACAAUGAAAUACAGCUGAACGCUCCAGGCAUGGAGGCCAUCAGCAUCCCCGCCAACCCUCCUGUCAACGCCGAGGGACUCCGCAGAGUUACGGUGAAAACGGACACCAUGACGUCCCUGGACUGCGGGGACGCAGUGGCCGAGUGGCUGUGUCGCUUCUUCAAGAGAGAGGGGCUGCGACUCCACUUCUCCGCCCCCGGGCUCGACAAGCGAGACUCCUACAAGAACCUCAAGCCCUGGCCGCAUCUGGCUCGGCCGGGCGAUCUGAUGGCGUUCGCUGACAACUGUUCGUACAACGUCCUGACCAAGGCUUCCAUACACUUGCUCAACCAGCGGCUACAGAAGCCAGUUACAGCCUGCAACUUCCGGCCUAACAUCGUUGUCGAAGGCUGUCCGGCCUUUGCUGAAGACAUGUGGACGACGCUGCACAUCGGGGACGUGGAGUUGCGGGCCAUAGACCACUGCUCGCGCUGCCUCAUGAUCACCGUCGACCCCGAGAAAGGGGUCAAGGACCAAGAAGAAGAACCUCUGUCCACGCUCAAGAAAUUCCGACUGCUUGAGCCAUACGGACCAAAGCCAUUAUUUGGUGUGAACUACACUCUGGACAAAACGGGGAUGAUUCGUGUCGGGGAUGCUGUGUAUGCCAAGAGAGGCAGCAUUCAAGUCCUUCCUACGACGGCUGCCCCCUAACUCCUCCGCUUCGUUAUCUUGGAAUAAGGAAUAGACAUACGUACUGUGUAUAGGUCUUUAUUUCUGGCUAUGUAUGCAGAAUGAGUUUACAAUAUGCUUCAGGUUAUGCAAAUGAUGUUUGUUGGGGCUUUUUUUUAAAACAAUGAACGCAUGCACUUAAUUAAUGGUCGCAUCUGCGAGUGCCAUCUGUAUAGGAAGAGUAAAUCACUGGUAUAAAAGUGUUAAAAAAAAGAUAAAGUAAAUUUGAAUUGUG